AAAGUGUUUUUAGAAACUCUAAUGGUAACAAAAAAGUAUAAAGCAUAAUUAAUUAUUUUAUAAGGUUACUUAAAAAAUACUCGACAGGUACAACGUCGACAGUUUAUCGGUUAGUUAUAAUAUUAUUAACAAGAAGACAAAUCUAGAAGAAUGAGAUUAAUCUUCCUGACGUUGUUUGUAUGCACAGCGAUUUGUGUAGCAAAUAGCAAUGUUGUUCCAGCGCACAAAGAAAUUAAUCCUCCUCUAGUCCCUAAUCCAACUCCAGAUUGUCCACCCCCUGAACCAACUAAAGAUCGUUCAAAACAUAUAGAAGUUAAACCUCCUCCUAAGCAAAAAGAAAUUAAACCUCCACUUAAGAAAAAAGAAGUUGAACAUCUUCCUAAGAAAAAAGAAGUUGAACAUCUUCCUAUUUUCCUAAAUCGAGUUGCCCAAACUGAAUUGUUUCAAACGAAUGAUUAGUAUUUUCAAAAACAAUUUUGCACCUGAUACUUUAGUCGUUAGCACUUGUACCUAAAUCACUUUGAUGCACCUUGUACUUUGGUUGCUUAUUACUCACAAGUUACAA